AUGGGAUACAAGUUUAAAACCAAUUGGUUAGAGAAAUGGACUGAUAAUAUGUACCAAAAAUUCAUAACAUGCUUUCAAAUGCCAAAAAAUGUAUUGAAUGAUACAAAUGCCAGUGAAUAUCAAUACAGAAGCUGGUUUGUUAAUUUAUUGAUGGAGGAAUUGUUUUUAGAUCUGGUCAAACUUAAGUUGAAUACUUGA